ACUAUAAAAGGGGGGAGAACCCGCCAUUGUAAAGAGAGAGAAUUGAAUACUCAAUAGAAGAAUAUUAUCGAGUGAUUAUAUCUUCCUGAUUCAUAUCUUGUUCUUGGUCCGCCAUCUGAUCGGGUUAAUCCCAUCAUUGGUGCUUUCAUUGAGAGUUACUGUGAGAUAAGGCUGUGAGAUUAUGGCCGGACGAAGGACGAGACGUAGCACUACUGCUUCCGCCCAGUCGACGGUAAGGAGUGAUAACCCUGAGCAGGGUAUGAUCGUUCCUGUCAAUGGGUUGGAAACGGCAUUGAAUAAUGUGGCUAACAUGAUGGCCAACAUUAUGGAACGAUUGGAUAAGGCUCUUCCAGGUCCAUCCGGUAUCCGGGACAUCCCUACCGGGCAACCCCGUCAGGUGAAUGAGGACCGGGCCAAGGAUGCAAGCCGAAUCGUCAGCGAUGGAAACGAAAACCCGCGGCGAUCCGUCUUUGAAAGGAUAUCUCGCCAGAAGGCUCACGUUAGUGAGAGGCUGGGGAAGAAUCCGGAUAAGGCACCCCAGGGUUGGAUACGACCCCAGGCUAGCCAGGUGGCAUCUUCUAACCGCGAACCCCGGCAGCGAAACGGCCGUGGUGGGAUCCAAGCGCCGGUCCGAUCAAUGAUGAAUUUGGAGGAAGACGAAGUUCAAAGCGAAGCCAGGGUCCCAGCGCCACGGCGUUUGGGGCCGCCGGUACCGGAAACUGGUGAGUUCCAGGAUCUGAGGCAGCAGAUCCAGGAGAUGCAGAGGAAGAUAAACAAGGGUCGAGUGUUCACUACCCACGCCAGUGACGCACUCAUGUGCCGGUGCUUCUUGCAGACAGUUGAUAGCAAGGUCGCGGAUUGGGUCAACCGUAUUCCUGCCGGGUCGAUCCGGACAUGGGAUGAAUUGGGACUACGGUUCCUAGAGCAUUUUGCCGGGAACUGCCGUCCCAAGAAGCAUUUCACUCACUUAGCUUCAGUACGACAUAAGCAUGGAGAAUCCUUGAAGAAUUUCCUUAUCCGAUGGAGGAAAGAGUCCAUGGAGGUUGAAGGAACCGACGAUAAAUCCAUGUUGGCUAUGUUCACAGCGGCAUUACAGGAUGGACUCCUUCACACCGAUCUUACUACUCAUCCCCCGGAUACCUUCGAAGAAGCAAUUGUCCGGGCGGGGAGGUAUCUAACCACACUUGCUGUAAAAAAAUACCCAUUACCCACCCUCUUUCUCGACAUGACAUCGUCAUUUCAGUUCAACCAGAGGCAGAACCAGAUUGGUGUUGCUUUGUUCAACUACGCAUUCUGUUAUUUCUGCUGUGCUAAUGCUAAUAAUGAGGUAAUCUCUCAUCACCCCGUGGCUUAUCUUCUUAAGGUUCCUGGUUAUGACCGUUUUUAUCUUAUGUGCAUACAGUUCCUUAUAUGAACAAUAGUUAGUGUGUUGUUAUUUGUUAGUUUGAUGCUUUUUCUAAUGCUCUUUUAUUUCCACACUAUUGCUUAAAUGGUUGCUUAUCGUUCUAUUUACACUACUCGUCUUGAAAUGUACUCCGUAUAUUUAUUUAUUCUGCCAAAAAUAAAUAAAUUUUGGGUGUGUUUUGUUUGGGUGGGUUAAAAUUUAAAUAUUUGAAGCUCUAGGGCACUGCAGAAUCUUAUACUCCGUACAAUAUUAUGUUAAAUAUAACUAAGAACAUGUUUUUGCUUAAAACAGAUGAUACUACCGUUGCUAAUGACACAAUUAUCAGAAUAAUUAGAACCGUAAUGUACGUUGGUGGUUAAGUUUACAACUACAAAUAUAGAAUAAUUAGAAGAGACAACAAUAAAAGAGUGGUUGCAAU